AGGCAAGAGUGGGACAGUUUAUGAAAGUCCCAGCAAAAGCGCGCGCAGUUACAUUCAGAGCCUCGAGAGAACAGAAGACGGGACAGAUACACCUGUGUUUCUUGCAGACUCUUUGGAUUUGUACGUGCUGCCGUUGAAACACUUCGAUAGGCUGCGAUUCCUACAUUUGAAGACAAGCAGAAAACCAGGCCGCGCUUGUGUCAUAACAGGAAUUAGAUAACUUUUUUUACCCAUAAAAAGCAGCACGAUGUUUGAGGCACGUCUCGUUCAAGGAUCAAUCCUUAAGAAGGUUCUGGAGGCUCUGAAAGACCUCAUCACCGAAGCCUGCUGGGAUGUCAGCUCCUCGGGCAUCUCGCUGCAGAGCAUGGAUUCAUCUCAUGUGUCUCUGGUGCAGCUGACGCUCCGGAGCGAUGGGUUCGACUCCUACCGCUGCGACAGAAACCUGGCCAUGGGUGUCAAUUUGAGCAGCAUGUCAAAGAUUCUGAAGUGUGCUGGGAAUGAAGAUAUCAUCACACUUAGGGCAGAAGACAAUGCGGACUCUUUGGCACUUGUCUUUGAAACACUCAAUCAGGAGAAAGUGUCGGACUAUGAGAUGAAACUGAUGGAUCUGGAUGUGGAGCAGCUAGGGAUUCCAGAGCAGGAAUACAGCUGUGUGGUGAAGAUGCCCUCUGGUGAGUUUGCCCGUAUCUGUAGGGAUCUGUCACAGAUCGGUGAUGCUGUCAUGAUCUCUUGUGCCAAGGAUGGUGUGAAGUUCUCUGCCAGCGGAGAGCUGGGCACAGGCAACGUCAAGCUCUCACAGACCAGCAAUGUCGACAAGGAGGAUGAAGCGGUGACGAUUGAGAUGAAUGAGCCUGUGCAGCUCAUUUUUGCUUUGAACUACCUGAACUUCUUCACCAAGGCCACUCCUUUGUCCAAAACAGUCACACUCAGCAUGUCCGCAGACAUUCCACUAGUGGUAGAGUACAAGAUUGCAGACAUGGGACACGUCAAAUACUACCUGGCACCCAAGAUUGAUGAAGAAUCAUCUUAAAUCCAAGUUCAAGACUGAAGUCUGGCAUCUGUCAUAUCAGACAUGAUUUCAAUAGAUGUUUUGGGAAAAUGCAUUUUAUUCCUCUUUGUCUGCUGUGGUUUCCAGUUCAAUGGAUUCACAUUUCUGUGGCCAUCUAAGCCAGUUUGUUUGAUUGGCAGAUAAAUAGCCACACUUCACCAAUGGUAGUUUGGUAAUUCGCUUUACCUGGCUCUGAGGGCUGAAUCUAGAGUUCUUAAGACUCACCUUUGACUCAGUCUCAUUUUCCCUAUCUUUGUGCUCUUGUCUUUUUGACUCCACUUAGGGUUUCUGUCCAACUGCUCAUUUCAGUGUGUAGAUAAUGUCUGUAAAUAUGCUAAUUGGACACAUCCAGUCAACCAUUAAUAAAACUUUUUGUAAUGAUGA